GUUUCUGAUCCUCCAGAAACAUGGCUGUUUAGUUUCCUGCUGUGUAAUUUGUCCCUUGACUCCUACACCUGUCGGAGUCUCAUAGGCACAAAUUUAGCAGAUAGGUAGUAGCAAGAUGUGAAGUCCUUCAGCUGAUUUCAAUGUGGCCUGUUUGAUGGGGGCAGUCAUUAGGUCAUAGCAAGCCUGUAUGAAAAGCGCGGAGUAUGGUGCUGACGGCUGUGUGCCACCAGAGCAUUCUCUGUAGAGGCCAAAGCUCGUGUGGAUGUGCAAACCAAGGGGCUGGGUUUUAGGCUUGGGAACCUCAAUCUGCCAUUUAGGUACAGCUGACCUUUUCCUGAACUCCUCAUCAGCUGUUGUCAAAUAACCUUGGAGGCUCCCAGGGUCAUUGUCUCAGCCAGUGUCUGCUGCUGCCCUCUGUUAUUGCUUCAAAGUUGCCUUGUGUGGGUCUUGUCUCCAUCCUGGCUGGCUUAGGUGGCCAGCUUCUGCCACCUAAACCACAGGUAUUGAGCCAUGCCUCUGCAUGCUGCAGAUGGCAUUGACCUGCUUUUAACUUCACUAGGUAGAGGCUGAGCUUUGUACUGCUGAGCAGAUCUGCACUGAAAUCCCUUCAGUCUGGCUGUAAAUUUCCCUCUGCUUCAGGGCUACAGUGGCAGAAGGGAAGCUUUUAGUCUUAUUGCCUCUGCUCAGCUGCUCUGGGGGUUUGUAGAAGGCCUCCUUCUCUGGCUGCUGUUGAAUCAGGCAUCUUGACAGUGUCCUUUCUCCAGUGCUUGGAGACCACAGGGGAAGAGAAUUGGUUAGAAGACUGAAGCUGAGAUAAUUAAAAGGCCAAACAACUGCAGUGCAAAACCCAUCAUUCUCUUAGGUAGCCUUUAAAAGAAGAGAUUAGAACAAUCGCUUAAUGAUGCAACCUGCUCCUGUCUUCCUGAACAUCUCCGUAGCAAUUAGUUUGCUAUAAAUUAAGUGAAGAAGCAGCUGAAGAAGAUCAGGUCAAUGGAAUCGUUUUCCUCAGGGGCUUGGUGACAAUGUGGAUUAAUGCCUUGGGUUCCUACCUGAAAGGUUACAAAUGAGAUCUAUCGGAUGCUCCGCACUUAGUCCCUAUUUCGGCCAUCAUUUGAAUUGCUACACAGUCCAUCACAGUAGAGAGGUGUCUCCCUCAGUUGUGUGUCAGCCUGGAAUAGCUGGGAGGCUACGUGGUAGGAUUUGAGGUGCUUUCAUGGAACUGUUAGCGGGUGGGAUGGGAAUAUCUUGGAGAUGACAGCAAGUGGGGCAGGAGGAAAGGACAGGGCCCUUCUGGGGAAGCCUACAUUCUCCCAGUUGGGGCAAAUGGGAAAGCUCAGGGGGAGUGUCACAGCUGGAAGCUCUCAUUCAAGUAGUUUAAGGAUGGAAGUGGCUGAAACCAAACCACGCUGGUGACUCCAAUUCCCAGUGGUGUUCAAGGACUAAGACUAAGUGGGUCUUGCACAUGUGUGUUCCAGCCACCCCAAUCGGCAUGUUAGAAGAUAGAGUGAUCUGGUAAAGAGUGAGUGCGUGGACUUUGUGCUGUGAGCGAUGCCUCCUGGCUUUCUGUUGUUCAUUUUGCCAGCAGGUCUUACAGGAUAGAGGAGAGGUGGGAAGGCCCCUGAGGGACCCAACCGGUCUAACAGGUUGGAGCAGCCCCUUGUUCUUUGUGGGACUGUACGCUUUGAUAUCGCCCACUGAUGGGCAUGGUAGAAAUACUUCCAUCGGGCUCAGAUGCUUGUGCUGCUGUCCAUGGGGAAGCCUGGGGACACCGCCUAGCAGGAUCCUUGUGAGCUGGUGUUGUUUCAGGUUGAAUUCACCAUGCUGCUAAUUUGGGGCCUUUGCGCAUGGGGUUGGGAAGCGAGGUGCCUGCGAGCUCGGGGAGAGCCGUGGGUAGGUGCGGUUGGUGCUGGAGGGGGAGGUGGGGCUGAUGGGGCAGAAGCCCAGCCUCUCUCACCUGAGAAGUGACAGCUCUAAAACGGUUGGUGACAGUAUUACUGAUGCACUGACACUGGCCCGCCUCGGUAGUUUCUAGCUGUGUCCUCCAGCCGGCAGGGCUCCUCCCGCACGUCUGGGCUAAGCUGACAGGACUGUCUGCUGCAGGCAGUGCCCACCUCCUCCCUUCCCCUGGGAAAGGACAGAGGAUUCUUCCUUGGAGGGAAUUAGUUCAAACUCCCCUGGAGAAACGGAGGGAGGUGCUGCUUAGGCUACAAGGUGGUCCCUGGCAGAGCCCAGAGUUGACCCCCUGAGGUAGCCACUAAAGCUGCCUUGGGAUGAAGAUUUCCCCAAGCCAAAUCGCACAAGAACAAACCAAGUGUCCUAGAUCCUCUGCUAUUGCUAUGAGCCUCUGGUGUAGAGAUGCUCCAAAAAGGCUAGGUUGUCUCCCUCAACAUCCAUUAGGGCAGCUCCUCGUGGCUGUUCUGGCAUAGAGGCACUUGCCCCAAGGCCUGACUCUGGCCUCCCAAGCACUUGUGGCCAUCUAGCAAGUGUCUGAGCUCCAGAAGGAAGCUCUUUUCACAUAGCUGCCACCAGUGACGCUGAGACUUCACUGGGCCCAACUGCUUACAAGGAGAGUCUCUGCAUGGGGGAGAGGUCCCUGGGCUUGAGGGGUUAUGUGAGCCAGCUUCAUGCUCUGCUUUGCCCUUCCUUCCCAGGCAGGAGCAUCUCUCGACAAGCCCUGGAGAGCAGGAGCUGUCUGCGCGGGCUGCAGUUUCUUGUUUUGAGGUCUGGAGUGAGUGAGCUGGGCUCCCCCCUCCCUCCUUCUCAGGUCUGGCUUUUUUCUGUGGUUUCUGCAUGAAGGGCCAUCUCAUUUAUCACGAUUGCUCUCUGCAAAUGAUCCGGCACGUAGCACAGUCAAACUGGUGGGGAAGGAUCCAAUUACAGAGAGCCUGAGACCCAGGUGCUGAGCACCCGACUGCCUGUUACCUGGGGACUUGCCAAAAGGAGCCUGGUGCUGGACCUGAUGUGGGAGGGGAUGAGACUAGAGCUGGAGUGAGCAAACCUCUGGGUUUCCAUCCUUGCCAAGGUCCAGGGUUGAACGUGGAAGAAUGGCAAGAGCCUAGUGGGGUUGGUCUCCCCUUAGUCUCUGCACUGCCAAGGUCCUAAAGGGAGACCCGGGGCUGGGAGAGCUGGAGCUGGCCCUAGCAAGGAUGGAGGUGCAGGGUCAGGCCUGGAAGAGCUUGGGGAGCCUCCAGGCUGGGUCCAAGGUGGGGGGCCUGCAUAGAAAGCCAUAGUCUGACACACCUCACGCUCCUUCCUGACUCCUGCCCAGCCCACAGCAGCCUGCUUCCUCGUGUGCUGCCUCAAGAGCAGGCCUAUGAUCCAGCUGAAAACACACCAGUCCCCACCCAUUCUGUCCCUGCCCCUUGAUGUGUGGAAAGCUUGUGCAUGCAGCCCUCCCCACUGCUGGCCUGCAUGGCUUUAUUCCCCUCCCCACUGCCUAAAGGGAGAGGAAGAAGCUGGAGCAGCCGUAGGGCCUGACCUAACGCUCUGGCUCGGGACAACUCACACAAGCAACCUGCCUCCCUCCUGUGAUCCGUAGAGGCAAAGGGCUUGAACCUUCAUCAGGUCCCAGCUGCAGCUCCUCUAAUCUCCCUGUCUGCACCCUGCCGGGGCAUCCUCCUUCCUGUCCUUUUUGUCCCACUGCCUCUCAAUGGCUCCCCAGGCACCAUGCCUUCCCUGUGUCCAGCCUGCCUCCAGGCACAUGUCCUUUCCCGGCACAGCAGGUUCCUUGUCAAGGAAACUGGGGGAUUGCUCCUCCUCGGUGACAGCAACUGAAGGCUUCUCGAGCCCCCUCCCAGCGCCAGGCAGCAGCAAAGGUUCCUCAUAAUGGAGAUUGUUUCUCUCUCCUGAGAAAAGUAACAGUAGUUUUUAUAGCUAGUUCACUGCCGCAGCAGCUUCGGCGUGAGACUUUAGUACCCACAAUAGGAUACAAAUGAAAUCGGGCUAAUCAUGCAGGUGUUGCCCUGGACAGCUUAAUAAUGAUAAAUCUGCCUGGGCCGCCUUGAGCAACUUUAGGUCUGAGCACGCUGGUGCCUGGCCAUUGCCCCUGUACUGGUGCCCAGCGACUGCCCUCCAGCAGGUCUGGAGGUCUGCAGAAGGCAACGUAAGGGCACGGCUUCUCUCAGCCUCUGCCCCGACCGCAAGCACCUGCAUGGGGCAGGGCAUUGACUGACACUUGUGGCCAGGUCUCCACUUGGACAGGUAACUGCUUCCUGCUUUUCAGCGUUGUCUCGUGCCAGGUAGGCCCUUGUGUCGCCUUCCAGCCUCUGCCCGUCCGGCUUCAGAGCAUGUUUCUACCAGAGCCUGCAGCCCAUCUGCCUGAAGAAGCAAACUGCCCUUAGCCCCAUGCCUGGCCCAGGAAAGCUUGUGGAAAGCAGAGGCUGUGCCCCCUGCUUGCAUGAGCUGCCCUAGACCACAGAGCUGGCACUGCCUCCCUAUGGUCUGUCAUUCCCUAGGCUGUGCCAGCUCCUGCAGCUGUUCCGAUUUCCUUAGGAAACCCCCUAAGUUUGUCACCACCUUAGAAAUCCAAGGUGGUGGCAAUUCAUGAGAGACCUGCCCCCUGCUGCCACAGGAUUUGGUGAUGUUGGGACAUGCACGUCUUAAUUCUUCAGCCUGGUGUGCAAUGCCCCAGGCAACUAUCCUAGGAGCUCAUUAGAGCAGGUCAUUUGUUCCUGAGACCCAGCUUUCACUGCCUUGCUCCUGAACCUGGUACCAAAGGAAAAUAACUCCCCAGCCAGAAACAGGGUGGCUUUGGUCUACAGGCAGGCUGGGAGCAUCUCAAGGGGCUUCUGCUGGGCCUGACUUCUCUAAGGGGACAACACACAGGUGUUAUUACAAUGGGAAUGUGGGCAGAAGAAUUUAUUGGAGCCAGUGCAGAGGUAUAGGGGGAAGGAAUGAUCUCUAAGCAUUUGUGUUACCGGUGUGGUGUGUGCUGAUAGCUCAGACCAUUGCGCACGUCCUGUUGUGUAGUUGUUCCCUCUGUCCAGUGUGUAAUGCCUUUGGGGCAGUCCAGCAGUAGCAGGGGCAGGCAGAUGAAUGUUGCUGGGCGGCUUCGGCUUGGCAGGUAAUAGAUGACUUGGAGCAAACAGGACAGACAGCAAAGCCAUCAGUCUGACAGCAGAGGGGUCAUUCGAGGGCCAGCUCAUGAUAGGGAGGGUGCGGGCAGGCAGUAAGUGGGUAAACAGCAGUAAUUGAAUUAAUUGCUCUCCUCCACACCCUGCUAGGGUGGCCGUGUCUGUUCAGACUUUGCUCGGACAAGAGGAGCCUGCUGGGCUCUGGGAACCUGAGUUGCUUUCCGAGCCUGGCAGGAGGUGACCUUGAGAGUGCAGGCUUGGGGGCAGCUCUGCAGGGGAAAGGGGCUAAGGGCAGCCCUGCGCAUUGCUGGCUGGGGAACCACGUGGAAGCUCCCUGCCAGCUUUAAGAUCUGUGCAUUGGUUGUAGUGGGAACUUCCAGCCCACAACAACCAGCCAAGGCAGGAGCAAGCCGGAUGCACUGGCAGAACCUGGUCUUUCACUGAGAACAGCUUGGCCCUAGAGGAAAACAGGGCUUUUGUCUCUACUCUCCAUUUACCUCUGGUCUUGGCUCCCGGCCUCUCUAGCACACUCUGUCCCCUGGAUUUUUGCUUUUUUUUUUCUGUUCGACCAGUGGCCUGCGGUUUCCAGGGUUGCUUGCUCUUCAUUUCUGUUCACUAAAGAGUUUCUCCUUGCUUGACGCUGUUACUUGCUCUUUCUUCUUUCUGUAAGUUCAGGAGGGAAAAACUGUCCUGUAGGUAUUGGAGAAGCUGAGCAAAACCCACUUGGAAAUAAACAGGAGGAAAUCUGGGCAGGGGCUUUUCCAUUAGCAUAUUAGACAUGAGCUACUUUUGGGAGCAGAAUACCCUCAUUCCCUUGCUGCAGACUCCCAACAGAAAAGUUGAGGGCAGCUUGGGUCACCCGAGGGACAGAGCGAUGGCAAAAGGAGAGUCCGUUCUUGGAGGGAAAGCUCAGGGCUCCAGCCGCUGUGAAUAUGAUACGGUGUAAAGUGGUGGGAGCUUCAGAAGUCUCAUUAGGCGCUGUUGGAAAUCUGGUGGUGGUUCUUCCCAUCUAUGCAAACUCCUCCUGCAGGUGAGACAGCUUUUCCGGGUCAGCGCCAGAGAUGCAUUAGUGGGUAUAUUUACUUGGAAAUUCAAUCCCAGCUCAUGCUUGCCUCUAAUUGACUGAAGAGCUUCUUUGAAGUAAAGGAAUCGGCUUAGUGUCUGAAAGGGCAUGUGACUGCAGGGAAAGGGAGCUCCAGGUAAGGAGCCUCUUUAUUUCCCACCUGCUGGAGGUGACUCGGUGAUUGCCCACUCUUACUGCAGUUUGCCUCCUAGUCUGGGCAAAUCCCGGUUAGCAUUCAACUUUACUCCACGCGGCUGGAUCAGCAGAUGCCCUCUCACUUUCUAGAUUGGUGGAAGACGUAGGGCGAGCCUGUCUCCCUUUGUGUCCUGGGCAUGCCUGAGAGCACCUUGGAUUCUCCACUUGAGCUGAUCUCGCCUGUUAGCCAGUUCAGCAGCUCCCUGAAUCUCUUGGUCCAGGUGCAGCAGCUCUGCCAGAGUCCCCAGGGCACAAUGUUCAGCCCAGGAUACGUGGUGCCUCUGCUGCCGGAAGCGGCUUGCUUUUGUGGCCCUACUUUCCCACCUCGGCUCCCGUCUGCUCCCAUCUGCAGCCUCUUCUUCCCAGCUCCUUUCCUCAGCAACCAGCUCUUCCAGCCUCACAGCCCUCCAGAGCCCUGCAAGCAAGCACUGCAGCCGGCAGGCCAAGACACGGGUUUGGGAUUGGCGAGGGGAUUCUCAGAGGAAGUUCGCCCGCUGAAGCAGAGACGAGCCCGAGCCAACUAUAGCAGCUGGCAGCUGGAGGAGCUGGAAUCGGCCUUUGAGACUACGCAGUACCCAGACAUCUUCAUGCGAGAGGCCUUAGCCCUCCGGCUGGACCUGAUGGAGGCCAGGGUGCAGGUUUGGUUUCAGAACCGUAGAGCAAAGAUGAGGAGACAACUAAAGCUGCAGGGACGAGCUCUGGACCAAACCCUUGCUGGGAGCACUUCUUCCUCAGGAGAUGCGAAGCCCCAAGACACUCUUGAAACUGAAGAUUUAAGUGAUAACUGUGGAUUCAGAAAAACUGGGGCAGAUCACCAGCCAGAUGCUGAUCCUGAAGUACAGGCUCCCCCUCGGCCUCCUCUAUGCAGGGCAGCUAUGGAGACUGUGGGCCCAGGGUCAGAGGAAGCCAUCAGCUUUGGGGCCAAGGUUGGAGAGGGCAAACCUGAAAUCUGCCCACCUGCAGUUCAGAACCAGUCUGAUUCAGCAUGAGAUUCGCCCAUGAAAGUCCUCGCCUCUCACGUUUCCUUGACCAUCAUUGCUACACCAUCACUCCAUCUAAAGAGAG